AUGGAUUAUAUUCAACAAAAAGAGAAGUUGAAUAAAGUUAUCAUGGAAUUGAGACGAGAGAGCUGCGAACUUGGUAAGCUAACUGUUUCAGCCAUCAUCAGAAUAAAAUCAAUAUUUUCAGAGCUCGAGGCUGCGUUGCACGUUUUGAACGAAUGCCAGAAUCAACUUGCUCCAAAUGUUCAACCAAUCAAGAAAAAAAUCACAAAACAAGUCAGUUGGGCAGAAAGUGUUGAUGAUACUGCGCAAAGUAGCUCUACGGUCAAAGAUGCCAUCAAUCACGAUGAAAAUGCUUCGAAAUCUGAAGACGGUUAGUGGUUUGAAGGUUUUUCAGUAGAACCGUUCUCUUGCCAUUUCUCUUGCCAUUUCCACAAUAGUGGUUCCCAAAAAUCAAAUUUUGUACGCUAAACUUUUUGCCGUAUGAAAACUGUGCAUUGUCAAGUUCUAGGCCUUCUGAAAAAUGCCAAUUUAGAUUAUUUUUUUUUCGGAAUUGUAAUCUGAUGCAUGGAUAAUUGCCCGAGGUCGUUUUUCAGACUGGCCAGAGUAUUCAAUUCUAAAUGGGACCAUCAUACAAUGUUUGUUUUCUUGAAUUGAGUAUUUCAUUUCGAAAUUAGUCCAUAAACACUUCAUAUAUGUAUUCAGAACAUUCAGAAAUUAUUUUUUAGCAGUAAAGUUUUUUAUUUCCAAUCAUUAUUUUUCAAUGCUCAAUUAUUUUUGUAACAAAAAACAUAUCAAAAGAAAUUGACAAAAAUUUCAUCAAAACAUUAAAACUAUUAUUUCUGCGACUCACAGUUCCAUUAUUCGAAAAACAUUUAUGUUGACUGACUAAUCGAUAUUCAUAUUUCUCACACCAAUCAUACCAUCGACAGACUCUUGAAUUGUUUUGUCUUCACUUAAAUCGUCUGAAAAAACACAUUUUCAUUGAUUCACUCUUACCUAUACACAAUGUUUCAAUGUUCAUUUUUCCAGAUUUGAAAGUCCAAACGAAGAGAAAUGGAGAAAGCCAAGAUCGUUUGAAACUUCUCGAGCUUUGCAUUGCUCAAAUCAAAAUGGAACAAUCUAUGGAUAUGGAUAUUUCAACAGAACCGGAAAAGCGUGUUCUUUUUCCAAUUGUUGAAGAGGAGGAAGAAGAGGAAAGAAAUGAUCCAAUUGACACACUUGAUGAGACUGUGAAUGUUGAUGGUGAUAUCGAACAAGGUUAGUACUCCUACAUAUAGGUUUUGAAGAGUUUCUUGAAAAUAUGUUGCUGAAUUAGUUAUUCUGAACAACUCAACAUGGUUUUUUUGCUAUAGGUAUAAUGAAAAAAUUGUGUCAAAAACCGUAAUUUUGUAUGCUUAUGAUGUUUUUUACCAACUGAUUGUGAAUAUCGGAAAGUAAUAAGUUAUCACUAAUAACCAUUAGCGAGUCUCCAAAUUUUCAUCAAAAGAAUAUCUAAAAAAUCAGAUUUUUCGAGUUUUAUCUCAUUAUUUAUAAUUUCAGGUAACAGCGAGCCACAACAAAAAAGACAACGCUGGUCAAAAUGCGAGACCGUUAUAUUCUCCAUUUUUUCCUUCUACUCUUUGUUAAUGAUUGUUGCAAUUGUAUUAUUGAUUGUUUUUCUGAUCAAUGAUUGGAAAAUUUUCUCUAACUUAGAAAUUAGACCGAUGAACGUUUUCACACGUCAUUGAUACGUCCAAUUUUUUUUUGAAGUUAUGACAUAUUUUAUCUUCUCUUAUUUUUUUGCUUGUUUUUUUUACCUGUGACGAUUUGACGAGUCCUGUCAAUUUUCUAUAUUUUUAUUGAAACGAAACGAUUUUUUGUUGGAAUAAUGUUUGUAAAUUAUAUAAUAUGACGAUUUCAAUUUUCGUUCAAAAUAUUUUAUAGAUUUUUUGACCAAUUUCUGAAUAAUCAGAUUUAAUUUCAGGUACGAUGCAAAUCAAAUCGAAAAUAAUCCAAAGUGAGAACUACUCAAAACGCCUUGAACUCCACUUGGCUCGUAUAAAAUUGGCGAAAUCAUAUUCCAUUGAUGUUCCGAAUGAACCGGAAGAUGAAAUAAGCUUCCCAGUUUUGAAACAACAAGAAAACAUCAAGAAGAGUCUCCCAAUGGAUAAAUGUGCUGUAACUGUUGAUGCUGAUGAGAAACAAGGUUUGUUUACAUUUUUUGAUUUUUGACUAAUUUUAUGAACUUUCAGUCAUUAUUGAGCCCCAACAACAAUCAUUAUGUUUGGCAGAGUCAGCAAUCAACAGAUUCAUGAUAUUUUUGAUCUACUUUUUUUUGAUAGCAGUCAUAAUUGCUGUUGUUUGUAUCGAUGUAUCAAAAAAAUCUCACGUUUUCGUUCACCCAAAAUUCACACCAAUCAACCCUUUUACACUUCAUUGA